ACGGGGUCGCUCUAACCUCUCUCAGCCGCUGGACUUCAUACGUGACGGACGCGUACGCUUAUUCUUAAGUAAAAAAAAAAUUAACUCUUGUUAAGAUAUGGCUGACCAGGAGAUGGAACAACAGGACUUCUCCGAGGACUACUCGGGCGGCGACUUCCAGGGCAACGGUAUGGAGAACGGCGACGCUCAGCCCGCACAGGAGACGAACGCCGAAAAUAGGACAGACAGCGGCGCGGCGGACGCUCCGGGAAGGGACGACGACAGGUGGCAGCUACUUCGGGAAGAAUGUUGCCCCCUUGUAGCCCGCCGCAUCACCACCAGGACAGCCAGUCGAUUUUGCCAUCUAGUUGACGUGCUGAAGUGGGUUAAAGAUUUGUGCAGUAAGCUCCCUGCCAUCUUAAUCUUGAAGCAGAAAUUCACCUUAAGGAAAUUGUUUGUUGGUGGCCUCAGUUGGGAAACGACUGAAAAGGAGCUUAGAGAACAUUUCAGCAAAUAUGGUGACAUUGAAAGUAUUAAUGUCAAGACAGACCCCAACACUGGAAGAUCUAGAGGCUUCGCCUUCAUUGUAUUUAACACCUCAGAUGCUAUUGAUAAGGUUAUCAAUGCUGGAGACCACGUCAUUAAUGGCAAGAAGGUCGACCCCAAGAAAGCCAAAGCACGCCAUGGCAAGAUCUUUGUUGGUGGCCUGAAGCCCGAGCUUACAGACGACGAGAUCAAGAACUUUUUCAACCAGUUCGGUAACAUCGUCGAAGUUGAAAUGCCUUUCGACAAGACCAAGAACCAGCGCAAAGGAUUCUGCUUCAUCACCUUUGAACAGGAAUCUGUUGUCACAGAGUUGUUGAAGACCCCCAAACAGAGCAUCAGCGGCCAUGAGGUUGAUGUUAAGAAGGCCACUCCCAAGCCUGACGCCAUGGGCAUGAUGCGAGGCGGUAUGCGCGGAGGUAUGAGAGGGCGCGGUGGCGGCAUGCGCGGCCGAGGAAGAGGCUGGGGCAACAACUGGGGUCAAGGAGGCUACAACUAUGGCCAGGGCGGCUAUGGUGGUGGAUAUGGUGGAUACGGUGGCUACGACUACGGUUAUGGUGGUUAUGGGGGAUAUGGGGUGGAGGCUAUUCGGGUAACUAUGGCGGCCAAGGGUACGAUGGGAAGAGCCAGCGUGGGCGGCAACAGGCGAGGCACCAGCCAUACUGAGGGACGCCGGAACUACGACCACAACACGUGGAACGGCACAGAGUACUAAGACGAAACUCUGGAAUGCAGCUGAGCCCGUGUCCUCAAGUUGCCACUUAAUUGUAUACUCAAAAUAUUUAUAAAAACUGGAAAAUAUAAAAAGUGAUGCAUGUCACACACAAAAAAAUGUAUAGUUCUUAUGAAGCAUUCCUGUGUACAGGGCAUUUCGCUGUACUCUGGACAGUUCAUACAAAUAUUUUUUACUUAAUUUUAAGAUUUUAUUUCUGGCUGUACAGUCCGUACAUGUAUGAAUAAAUGCGAUUUUUUGUGUAA